UGUAUUCAGUGAAGCAGAAUCCACUGAAGAGUUGCUGAGGCAGAACUGAAAUUGUAGCUUGCCACGAAGAAACGACAGUAGUGUCAGCUAAUUACUUCUAACGCAAACAGGAUUUGUAUUCAACUUUGUUUUUCAUGCAAAAUUCCAAGCCUUUAAAAGACAGGGCGAGAUCCCGGGGUGCUUCUUGAGUUUCUCUGCAGUCCUUGCUGCUCUAGGUUUAGAAAUCCAAGGAAGGUACAGAAGGAUGGAAACUAAAGAUACUUGUAACUACCUGUAACUGCUGCAGUGGGAAAUGGGCCAAGUUUGCUCUCGACUAGAUGAAGAUGAAAAAGUACAUUCAAGUGAUUUCUACCAUGACCUCAACAAAUUGAUGAUGAAAAGAAGGAAAUUGUGGGAUUACUCCUUUCAGCUUCCCUGGACAAUGGAAGGAGAGCCAUUCACUUCUGCGUUGUUGCCAGCUGAGAAUAUUCCACCAGACUCUAGUAUUACCCUGGAACAGAAAACCACAUUUGUCUUUGUGAUUUUAUUGUUUAUUUUUUUAGGAAUCCUCAUUGUCCGUUGCUUCCGAAUUCUCCUAGAUCCGUACAGGAGUAUGCCGACAUCUACCUGGGCUGACGGACUUGAUGGACUUGAGAAAGGCCAGUUUGAUUAUGCGUUGGCUUAGAGACUGAAAACUCAGAAGCAUUACCCCCACCCCCCUCCUCCCCCCCAGGUUUCCUCAGUUGCUAUAACUGCCUCACACAAGUGCACAAAAUAUUAAAUUGUACUUUUUACAAUAAAUUAAGUCAAACAUUUGAAGGAUUUGCAAUCCUUCCAAUAGAAAAGAAGAAAAAUCUAAAGUUUUCCUUGGCAAAGCCCUCCUUCAAAAUGCAUUGUAACAAUAAAUAGUCUGAGCCAUAUCUUAAAAUGUAAAAUAAUGCUUGUGAUUAGUUUUGCUGGAGAAAGCUUUAUUUUACGAAAGAAGCUUUUACUAGAAAAUAGUCUGUAGAUAUAUAGAGGAGGUGAGGUGUGCUUUUAUGAUUUCUAUUUGAAAACUAAUUAUAAUUUUUCCAAGUCCUACUAAGCUGUUUUUCCACUUCACUUUCUCCAGUCAGCAGAAAGGUAAGGGAGUUGCUGUAAGUUUUAAAGCUUUAGGAUAUUUUGGGGUAUGAAGGAGGGACCUCUUGCAUGUCCCCUGAGAAAAUCAAACCCCAGUUCUUACCUGGUAUGAAAACAAUAUUGAAUUUAUGUAGUACUAGCAAACUAGACUUGGCAGAAGUGUUAAUUGUGAAUAAAUUCUUUGAUGAAUUUGGCACAUUUUUUGUCUUUGCAAACCAAAGCCAAGUUCUGCAAAUGGAUUGGUGAUUCCUCCAUUCUGGCAUUAGCCAAAUGAUUUAUACUAAAACAUUUCAGCUGAUUCGGUGCUCAUCAAUUGUUCAUGUUGCGUAUUUGUUUUGCCUUCCAUUAUGUGUAAAUCAUGCACUGUUUUUUCAUGCUGAUUUGGAUAACUGACAUAUCUGAGAAUGAAAAGAGCAAAUGAAAGUGAAUUAACUAUUCUGUUCAUGGUCACACAGCCUUUUACAUGGGACUUCGUACAAAGAAAAGCCAUUUCUGUAUGCUAAAAACCUGUUUACAUGAUUGAUCAAAAGAUUGAGUUUUAAGAGAUUGCAUAAAAUUGACUGGAGUGGUUGCUUAAAAUUCAAAUGGAUGAUCACAAGCAUUGCUUAGCCAUAGAGAACCACUGUAUUAGGAGUGCCACUGUAUGUGCUUGGAACUGCCAAGCAUGUAAAGGCCAGUCUGCUCAGAUGUAAACUCAUGAGAAACUUGUAAAGCAUUUUAAUGCAGUGCAGUUUGAAUAUCUCUUUAUGCAAGAGGGAAGGAGGUGCCUCUUUCAGUGUGUGUGAGCAGCCUGUGCCUUAAAUUAAGCUACAUCAAAUGUAAGAAUUUUGGGAUUAUUGAUAGCUCCAAUCCCUUUGUGCUGUGUUCAGUUUACUGUCAUCACAGGGAACAUUCAACACCAGUUCCUCAGCUGGCAUAAAUGCUGACUUGUGUCAGCUGAAGAUUUGGCCUUUAUGCUCUUCUGCAUAAAAAAAAGACACUCAGAUAAAGAAGCAAACUCAAUCUUCUGGCUUGCUUCCUAGGUAGCUGUGUAGCAGUGCCACUGCAAGAUAGAAAAAUAUUGUCAGUGUUGCUGAGCCAGCCCAGCCCCUAGCGAUGUGCUGCCAGUAUUUAGUAAGAGGUUCCAACACCAUUCCUUCCUUUGGCCUGCAAUAAAUUCCAGGUAUAUUUAGAAAAGGGAAGGGUGUGAGAGUGAAGAAUCUGUUCAUUUCUUUUCCUUUAAAUGAUAAAAAUAUAAAUAAGAGCUUUCUCCCCACUGGAACAAAAAGGAGGCAAUAUUCCUGGGCAAACAUACACAUAUAGCACAGGGUUCCAGCUUGGUCAUUGGGAAUUCUUGCAUGUGGGACUUGGAGUUUGGGAAAUAUCUGACACUUGGUGCUUCCUGAUCCAUUCUGAAGAGAGAAAGAUGUUCUUCCAGUGUACUUUAAUGAACCACAGAGAUAAGUUAUCCCAGUAGGGUAAUUUAGCCAUAUUGUCAAAGCUUAACAAUCAUUUCCUGAAAACACUUUCGCAGCUCAUCAUUUUAGGUAAAUAAUUUUUUCCUCUAUACAGAACAGGCCAUUGAAAGAGCAGAACAGUAUUUCAUUCCAGGUGGGAAAAAAUGGGAACAAGUUCACGUCUCAUAAGAAUACAGGAUUGCUGACUGGUUAAGUGGAAAUAUUAAGUGGAAAUGGAAAGUCUGAAGGUCAAAGCGGCUAUACAUGACUCUGCCAUAUAGGCUGGGCCCAAUGUGCUAGUUUAUCCAACUGUUCCUUGGAGACUAUUCCAGACAUAUGGAGAAGAAAUGCACUAAAAUGUUAAUAUUCCAUAUAAAAUCAUAUAUUUACUCCACUUACUGUGGAGAAUAAGAGUUUUAGUUCUAUUAUUUUUAUGCAUAUCCUAUGUGUUCUGGCUUAUCUGCUGGAAAUUGUCCUGCCUGAGGGCAAGGAAUAAAGUGAAAGGGAGCUGCUGUGGGGAAGCAAACAAGAGUAGCCAGAAGCUCCUGAAAGGAGCAACAAGGGAAUCCCUUAUCUCAGAGGAGUCAAAGACAUGGCCUGCACAGCCACAUCAUCCAGCCCCUGUGCUAUCCCUGGGCCUCAAGUUGACCAACAUGCCACGUGUGACACAUUCUGGACUGGCCGCGUGUACAGGGUCUGGGAUAUGUGGCACAUGUAGCAAAUGCUUCAGGACAGAAACUGCAUGCAGGCCAAACCGGGACUCCCCCCAUAUGCUGGAUCCAGCUCCCACAAUGCCUGCUCUGGCCAGUCUAGGACUGCUGCAUGCAGUGCCUGCUCUGCCUGGUCUUGGACACAAGUCACAUGCAUUGCCCAUUCCAGCUGGUUUGGGGCAGACACCAAGUAUGGUUCUGGAUGGGUAUGCAGCAGGGAGUCGGGUGGGGGCGGAUUCCAGGCCUGGGGACCAGUCCCAGGUCACUCAUGUAGUCUGCAGGGCCAGAUGAGUUUGACACCCUGCCUUACCUGGUCAGUCCACUUGCCAAGUGCCAACCAGGCUAGUAAGGUAGAUCUGACCCUAAGAUCAAACUGUUACAGCCAGGCUGCCCAACUUCUAAGCAGCUAGGGGGUACAUGUCCCUCAGGCUCAUUAGCAGGAGCCAUAUCAAUGGGGGCCAUGGGCCCUGGGGCUGCAUGCUUCCCACCCCCACUGCGUGGUCCACCCUGGUGCCCCUGCCACUUACCCCCUGUUCUCUUAUUGCGCUGCAUGUCCAGAUACCCCUUGCAGCUGCACUGUGCGCCUGGGUCAACCUUGCUGCUGCACUCUGCAUACUCCCCCCUUCCCCCGCCCCGGGUACCCUGAAUCACCCUUAGCUCCCCAGCUGUGAGCUGCCCUGCUGCACCGUGCCAUUCAGGCACCCUGGACUGGAGGCUUCCCCAGCAUUGCAGGCUGUGCUGUGCUGUGCUGUGCUGUGCUGCCCCUUGCCCCACCCCAUAAAGAAGGAACAGAGGCAGAAAGGGGAAGCCAGAGGGAGGGGGAACCUGAAGCCUGGGCUGCUGCUGCAACCACAGCUGUGGGGGAAGUGGCUGCUGGGUGGGAGUCGGGUGGAUCCUGUUUAACCACCUGCAGGCUGCUUGUGGCCCAUGGGCUGCCAGUUGGGCUGACAUUCCUGCAUUAUAGGAUCUUGGGCAUAGAAAAGGAAGGGGAGAAUUGGUGAGCAGGUUGGCAGCAGCUGCCAUCAAAGUAUGAGGGAAUAGCUUCUGUGCUGCAGUCAAGUUGUGACAUCAGUUCAUGCACACAUAGCUGAGCUAGCUUUGAAUUACCUUGCUCCAGUAUUCAGCUAGCUCAGCAUAGCCACAGCAGUAUGGAACCCCAUGCUGCAAACCCUGCCUGGGAACCUGGGUAAAUACUCUUGUGGCUCCAUACUGAUGGACUGGCAUGCUGUGGCUAUGCUGCUGUCACUACCUGAGCUAUACAGUUUAAAGCAACCUCAGGUCUGUGUAUACUAGGGUAGAUGCUACUGCCAGAAGGUGGAGACAGACAGCACAGCAGACUAUUUCUCCCACCAGAAGACAGGUUUGAAUGCAAGAAAGUCUUAAAGUUUAAAUAAGAGGAAAAAUAUGCAUAGACUGUAUUGUUUUUGCCCUUUGCUCUGCAUGUGAUAUACCUUGGGGGUAUGAAUAAACAUUUGUUUUGAAUAA